AUGGAUGUCAAUUCGGUGCUCUUAAACACCUUUUCACCAGAUGCUGCGACCCGUCAAGCAGCCGAACAACAACUCACACAAGCCGCCGAGACCAGCUUUGCCGGAUACCUUGUCACUCUUGUUCGCGAGCUCGCCAACGAAGAUGCCCAAGGACCAGUUCGACAGGCCGCCGGUAUUGCGCUGAAGAACGCCUUCACCGCGCGCGAAUAUGGUCGAUUACAUGAGCUGCAGGAGAAAUGGGUCAAGCUCGACGUCGAUACCAAGAAACAGGUCAAAGAUCUUACUCUACAAGCUCUUUCCUCAAGCAAUUCACAAGCUGGUCAAGCAGCAGCGCAAGUCACAGCCUCGAUAGCUGCUAUUGAGCUCCCGCGCGAUCAAUGGCCGGAGUUGAUGGCAAGCUUGGUCCGAAAUGUUGGCGAAGGUGGUGAUCAUUUGAAGCAAGCUUCUUUGACGACUAUUGGAUUUAUCUGCGAGUCGCAAGAUACAGAGUUGAGGGCCAGUCUUGUUCAGCACUCAAAUGCUAUCUUGACUGCGGUUGUACAAGGUGCUCGGAAGGAGGAGACCAAUCCCGAGGUCCGUUUGGCGGCCAUUUACGCUCUUGGAGAUUCUCUGGAGUUCGUGGACAGCAAUUUUAAGAAUGAGGGGGAGCGAAACUACAUCAUGCAGGUUAUCUGUGAGGCCACACAAGCUCCGGAUUCCCGAAUACAGCAGGGUGCUUUUGGUUGUUUGAACAGGAUUAUGUCCUUGUACUACGAUCUGAUGCGCUUCUACAUGGAGAAGGCUCUGUUUGGACUUACUAUUAUGGGCAUGAAGAGCGAGGAGGAAGACGUUGCGAAGCUUGCUGUUGAGUUCUGGAGCACAGUUUGCGAGGAGGAAAUCGCUAUUGAGGAUGAUAAUUCGCAGGUUGAGAGAACUGACCAAAUGCGGCCUAUCUUCCAUUUCUGUGCUGUUGCGACUAAUGAAGUUGUCCCGGUUCUUCUGAUGCUCUUGACAAAGCAAGACGAGGAUGCGGCUGAUGACGAGUACAACAUUUCUCGCGCAGCUUACCAAUGUCUUCAGCUUUACGCUCAAGCUGUCGCUGGUGCUGUUAUUCAACCAGUCUUGACGUUCGUUGAAGCCAACUUGCGGUCUGAGGACUGGCACCACCGAGAUGCCGCAGUCUCUGCCUUUGGAGCUAUCAUGGAGGGUCCCGAUGACAAGACCAUCGAACCUAUUGUCAAGCAAGCUCUUCCAGUCAUCAUCAACAUGAUGGACGACGACGUGAUCCACGUCAAAGAUUCUACAGCUUACGCUCUUGGCCGUAUCACUGAGGCUUGCUCGGAAGCCAUCGACCCAACGCUCCACCUUCCCAAGCUCAUUGCUUCCCUUUUCGAGGGUCUAGUCAGCAGCCCCAAGAUGGCGGGCUCUUGCUGUUGGGCUUUGAUGAACCUUGCUGAGCGCUUCUCAGGCGACAUUGGUUGCCAAGAAAAUGCUCUGACCCCACAUUUCAAUGAGAGCAUAGCUCGCCUUCUCCAAGUCACCGAGCGAACUGAUGCGGAUAACCAACUGCGAACUGCUGCGUAUGAAGUUCUGAAUACAUUUGUUCAAAACGCCGCCAAUGACAGCUUGCCCUCCGUUGCUUCUCUAUCAGACGUCAUUAUCAAGCGUCUUGAAGAGACCAUCCCCCUUCAGUCUCAAGUUGUCAGUGUGGAGGACAAGAUCACCCUCGAGGAGAUGCAAACUAGUCUGUGUAGCGUUCUGCUGGCAAUCAUUCAGCGCCUGGAGAAAGAAAUUACACCUCAAGCUAACCGCAUCAUGACUGUCCUAUUGCAGAUCCUUAACACCGCAGGUCCCAAAUCUAGUGUUCCAGAUGCAGUUUUCGCUACUGUCAGCAGCUUGGCUAGCGCCCUUGAGGAAGCUUUCUCCCAGUACAUGGAGGCAUUCUCGCCGUUCCUCUAUAAUGCUCUUGGCAACCAGGAGGAGCCAGCUUUGUGCUCAAUGGCCAUCGGUCUUGUCAGUGACAUUACACGGUCAAUGGGACCUCUUUGCCAACCAUAUUGCGAUACAUUUAUGAACUAUUUACUUAACAAUCUUAGGAGUACGGCGCUAGCCAAUCAAUUCAAGCCCGCGAUCCUCCAAUGCUUUGGGGAUAUUGCUGGAGCUAUUGGUGGUCACUUUGAGACCUAUCUUUCGGUUGUUGCCCAAGUCCUCCAGCAGGCUGCUGGUGUUCAAGCCGCUGCAGAUGGAUCGUAUGAGAUGUACGACUACGUAAUCUCACUGCGUGAGGGUAUCAUGGAUGCCUGGGGUGGAAUCAUUGGUGCUAUGAAGGCCGGCGACAAGACUGCUCUGCUACAUCCAUACGUAGAGUCCAUCUUCCAUCUUCUCAACAUUGUCUGGCUUGACCAGAACAAGAGUGACGCUCUCAUGCGAGCCUCAAUGGGUGUCAUUGGUGAUCUGGCCGAAGCCUUCCCUACAGGCGAAUUCGCAUCCUACUACCGCGCCGAAUGGUUGACCGCUAUGAUCAAGGACACGAGAUCAAAUCGUGAUUUCCAGCCUCGAACAAUUGACACAGCUCGAUGGGCUCGUGAGCAAGUCAAGCGUCAAAUUGGUGGUUCGACCGGUAUUCAACAAACAUGA